AUGGAAGGACUAAGACCAUCAGUUGUUUAUCAAACCCUCCUAGUGCAACAUGAAGCUCAGUUCAUCGUCGCCGCUUUCUUGGCCGUCGUUGCCGCUGUUCCAUCCAGCUACAAGCCGGAAUACAAGGCACCCAGCUACCCAGCCCCAAGCUACCCUGCACCAAAGUACCCUACUCCAAGCUACCCCGCACCGGCCUACCCUGCAUCAGCCUAUCCUGCACCAGCCUACCCUGCACCAGCCUACCCCGCACCAGCUUACCCUACUCCCAGCUACAACAAGGAUAACAAAUACGCUGGUAUCACCAUCACCAGCCAAUCUGACGAGCGCAAUCUCGAUGGCAGCAGCCAAUGGAGCUACGCCCAGUCUGACUACACAACCCGUGAAGAAUCUCAAGUUCAGAAGAAGAUGCAAGGAGUCGCUUACGAUUCUUACGGAAAGGCCACCUACGAAGAUGUUAUGGGCAACACCAACAAGGGAUCUUCCUACUGGGUUUCACCUGAAGGCGAGAAAUUCACUUUGACCUGGACCGCUGAUGACGCUGGAUUCCAGCCCAAAGGUGAUCACUUGCCCGUCGUCCCCGUCCAUGAAUACGAGCUCCCCGUUGCCCCCGUUCACAUCCCCUUCAAUGGAAAGGGUUACAAGAUUUACUAGAUUUCCCGACACAUGAUUUAAUAUUUAAAGUACGUCCCAUAAAUUCUGUAUAUCUCA